AUGGUCACCCGCGCCCAAGUCCAACACUCCAACGCCCACCUCACAGCACAAACCGCGCCCCGGACAGCCGUCUUCCUAGGCGGGACGUCGGGCAUCGGAAAGCUCACCCUCAUCGAGCUGGUAUCGCUCGGCUUUCCCAUCCGCGUCUACAUCGCCGGGCGCCGAGCCACGGAGCCGGCGAUGAAACCUGUGCUCGAGGACCUGCGGCAGAAGAACCCGCGUGCCGAGCUGGUGUGGGUCGAGGCUGAGGUCUCGUUGCUCGCGGAGACGAGAAGGGUGUAUACUACGGAAGGGAUAGAUGUCUGCCAUUCUCUGGAGUACUACUCUCGUAUGCUCGCCACUCUACACCUCCUGCCCCUCCUCCGCGCUUCCGCCUCCGGCCCCUCCCCGCGCGUCCUCACCGUCCUAGCAGGCAGCAUGCUCUCCACCCGUAUUGACGCGACAGACCUCAACCUCACCCGCUCCUCCCCCAGCAGCACCAACAGCAGCAGACUCUUCGGCUUCAAGACGCAGACGCACAUGGCGACCAUGAACACCCUCUUCCUCGACCGCCUCGCCUCCGACCCGGCCAACACGGGGGUUUCUUUCGUACAUAACUGGCCCGGCGCCGUGGACACGGGGAAUAUGGCGCGUUAUCACACGCCGACGUGGUGGAGUCCUUUCCCGUUGACGAAUUUGUUAAAGCCAUUGUUUUUGGUCAUGGGGUUUGAUGAGAGGGAGGCGGGGGAGAGGCAUGUUUAUUUGGCGACGUGUGGGAGGUUUGGUGGUAAAGAGGAUGGGGAGAAGAAGGAGAAGGAGAAGGAUGGAGGAAGUUGUAAGAAUACGAGGGGGGAGGAAGGGAGGAAUGGGUUGUUUUUGGUGAAUCAUAAGGGGGAGGUUUCGUAUAGUGAAAGUGCUUUGGUGGAGUUGAGGGGUAGUGCGCAGGGUAAGGUGUGGGAUUUGACGAUGGAGAUUUUGGGCCCGUAUUUGUGA